AUGAUCGACUACUCUGGAUUUACAAGUCUUGCUGGAGCUCUUGUUGAGAACAACACAAUACGGAAUAUACAUCUGAAUGGCAAUUAUGGUGGUGCCCUGGGGGCCAAUGCUUUAGCGAAAGGACUUGAGGGGAACAAGUCUUUAAGGGAACUUCAUUUGCAUGGAAAUUCUAUUGGAGAUGAAGGAGUGGCUGCUUUGAUGUCAGGUUUAUCAUUACAUAAAGGUAAACUUACACUUCUAGAUAUUGGCAACAACUCUUUUAGUGCAAAAGGCGCCUUUCAUGUUGGUGGAUAUGUCAAAAAGACCAAGAGCUUGUUAUGGUUGAACGUUUACAUGAAUGAUAUAGGUGAUGAGGUAUAG